CAACGAUGCCAACGUCAACUAAUGUGUCAAACAAUUUUACGAAAACGAAGUCAACACAUACCGGUUCUUUUUAUUAUUAAAUCGUGUAAAAAUUGUCUGAUUAUCGUCAAAUUUAUUGGAUUGCGCCAUCAUUCUCUACAUGAUAAAAUAGACAAUGAAAUUUCAUAUCUUCUUAUUAUUUCUGUUUUAUUGCCAAUCGAUGGCCAAAACAAAUUCCAAGAGUUCCGUCAUCGACGAUGUUUAUGACAUCAAGGAACUGAAGAAAAUAUUCCGAACCAAAAACAAUGUCUUAGUGUUAUACGUGACCAGUAACAAAGAAACGCAACCGACAACGAAAAUAUUUCGCGAGGCUGCGGAAGUCAUAAAAGGUCAGGGUUCAAUGAUCCUGAUAGACUGCUCCCACAGCGAAGCAAAGAAAUUAUGCAAGAAAAUGAAAGUUACGCCUACACCAAUCGCUCUGAAGCAUUACAAAGACGGUGAUCUUCAUAAAGACUAUGACCGUCAGGUGACCGUUACUAGUAUCGUCAAUUUUAUGAGAGAUCCUGGUGGUGAUCUGCCAUGGGAAGAAGACCCAAUCGGGAUCGAUGUUUACCACAUCCAAGAUGCGACGGCUCUAGGAAAAUAUUUGAAAAGGGAAACGAGACCGGUGAUGGUUAUGUUCUACGCUCCGUGGUGUGGAUACUGCAAGCAAUUGAAGCCAGAUUACUCCGCGGCUGCCACUGAACUUAAGCCCAGUGGAUAUAUUCUAGCUGCAAUUGAUGUGAACAGACCAGAAAAUAGCGUAAUUCGAAAACAGUAUAACAUUACUGGUUUUCCAACCAUUUUGUACUAUGAGAAUACUCAAUUCAAACACGUCUAUGAAGGUGAUAACAACAAGGCGGCUAUCGUUGCUUUCAUGAAAAAUCCAACUGUGCCACCACUUAUCAAGCCAAAAGAAGCAGACUGGGCGUCUGAAACUACAUCGGAAAUCGUACAUCUUACAUCAACGAGCUUCGAACCAGCACUAAUUGACGAAAAGUCCGUGUUGGUCAUGUUCUACGCUCCAUGGUGCGGUCAUUGCAAGCGAAUGAAACCUGAAUAUGAAAAGGCUGCGCAAGUAAUGAAAGAAAUGAAGAUACCUGGAGUACUGGCUGCAUUAGAUGCUACAAAGGAAGCCGAAAUCGGUUCACGCUUUAAUGUAAAAGGAUAUCCAACUGUAAAGUACUUUGUGAAUGGGGAAUUCAAAUUUGAUGUUAACGUACGGGAUGCAGAUAAAAUCGUGGAAUUUAUGAAAAACCCUUCCGAACCGCCACCGCCACCUCCACCAGAGAAACAAUGGAAAGAAGAACAGUCGAAUGUAGUGCACUUGGACGAUGUUAAUUUUAAAACGUUUUUGAAAAAGAAGAAACAUGUUCUUGUUAUGUUUUACGCCCCAUGGUGUGGUCACUGUAAGAAAGCGAAACCAGAAUUUGUAACAGCCGCGGAGUACUUUAAAGACGAUAUACGUGUCGAACUUGCAGCCGUCGAUUGUACAGAAUUUCCUACCAUUUGUUCAUCGUAUUCCGUUCGAGGCUACCCAACAAUUAUAUAUUUCAACUAUCUGAAAUCGACAAAAGAUUACCAGGGCGGUCGAACGUCAUCCGAUUUUAUAAAGUUCCUCUCCGAUCCUGAUGCUCCCGAAGAAAUUCCAGCUGCCCAACCAUUCGGUACUUACGCUGGUUCUGAACAUGUUUUAAUGUUAUCAGAUGGUGACUUUGAUCUUAAAAUUAAAGCUUACAAACGGGCUUUAGUUAUGUUUUACGCACCCUGGUGCGGACAUUGUACAAAGAUGAAAGCUGAUCUAUCACUUGCCGCCGAACGCUUGGCAAAGGAAAAUGAUGGUGCUGUGAUAGCUGCGGUCGAUGCAACCAUUCAUCGAAAAUUAAGCAAACAAUUUGACAUAGCCGGAUUUCCAACGAUCAAGUACUUUGAGAACGGCAAAUUCAAGACCGACUAUAACGGUAAACGAAUCUCUGAAGAACUUUAUGAUUUUGUGAAAGGUGGCGGAAUAACGAAGGAUGAACUGUAAAUCCAAAAGACUGAUGUACUCGCGUAGUCGUCAGCUGUUUUUAUACUCGUCAAGUUAGUUAAAACAAUGUGAGUGAGAUGAAGAAGUGAAAUUUUUCCCAUUGAAAAAUUCUAACAAAAAAGCAGAGCAUCAAGUAUUUUAACGUUAACUAAUUGCAUAUAUUUUGUACCGAAUCUUUUUAAUAAAAAUUUUUAUAUUCCACUGAUUUAAAAAAAAA